AUGGGUGAUGUGGCGGCAUCAGGAGGCUAUUACAUCGCGGCUCCCGCAGAUACGAUUGUGGCUGAACCCGGAACGAUUACGGGUUCUAUCGGCGUUAUUGGCGGUAAGUAUAGUUUCAAGGGGCUUUAUGAGAAACUCGGCAUCCAUAAAGAGAUUCUCAAACGGGGCGAGCACGCUGAUUUUUACACCGAUUAUGGGGACUAUCCGCUUACUGAAAAAGCAAUCGUACAGAAACAGAUUCAAGAGAUUUAUGACGAUUUCAUUGAAAAAGUUGCUCUCGGACGAACCGGGCUAACAGUCGAGGAUGUAGAUAGACUUGGGCGGGGGCGCAUCUGGUCAGGCAGACAGGCAAAGGAAAACGGGCUUGUAGAUGAGUUAGGCGGUUUAAGUCUCGCAAUCGCAAUCGCGCGGGAACGCGCUGGAUUGGGAGAAAAGUCAGUUGAGAUAGUCGAAUUUCCGAAAAAAACAUGGAUGUCAGAACUACUCAACACCCUCGGGUUUCCAUUCGUCUCGUUGUGGGAGGGGUUUGUAACCCCGAAUUCCUUUGAGAAUAGUGAUAUGGAGGACAGGGGUGUGGGAACUAAGUCUCGGCUACAGUUUAUUACACAGUACGGUGGCUUGAGCACUACCGCGAGACUCCUAAACAUAGUCAGAAAGCAUCGGUUGUUUCUUCUCAUGCCUUAUCAUAUAACUGUGGGUAACUAA